GUCCCAUUUCGCUGUCUGUAGAAUGUGUUCUAAGUUAACCAGACAAGGAUUUGUCACUAGAGGACUAACUCAGAGAUCACCAUUCACUCCAGAGGGGACUCCAUUCUGCAAUCCUCUUCCACGACCAGCACCACGUGUCCCAGUGUCUUCAAGUUUCUUAAUGGAAAUGCUACAUGCCAUUUACUUUAGCAUACAUCAACUCAAUUCUGACGAGGUUGUUACUGAUUUCUGCACAGAGUUUAACGGACUCUCCUCAGCAGGCAUACAGGCGUUAGAGGACAUCCACUCUCGAGCCAGUCAAGAACUUUAUUUUGAUGUUUUAUUGGUAUCUAAUGCUGUCAAGAACUCACUGAGGUCUAACCCCUCUGGCCAGCCAAGUGAUGGUCCCAUGGGUCUUAAUGUAUCUCUUUCACAAUCCUUGAGUUCUCACUCGGUUUCUAAAACGGCCAUAACAAACGCAUCUUUCCGCACAAAGAAACUACCAGAUGACAUUCCAAUUCAGUCGCCAAAGGAAGAAGGCUCUUCCAGUGGAAGCCAACAGUUGACGGCCAUCACAGAAGAGCAAGAUGAUUUUGAAAAGGGAUCAGCCAAAGGGAAAGAUAAAAACAGUUCAGAGAAUGGAAGUGCAUCCAUUGCCUCCAGACUACCUGUCCUUCAGCUACGUAAAGAUAAAUCUAAAUCUAAAAAAGAAAAAGAUGUCGCAAAUGAUGUUAAUAAUGACCCAAAAGUAAAAGAUCAAGAAGGAAGUCUUAAAUCAAAUCUUAAAAAUUGGACUCCAGAUGCUGGGAGCAGCAAAGAAAAAGCCAUAGCAAGAAAUGGUAGUGAGGCCAGUUUGACCUCGAAUAACACUGAUCACCUUUCAAUCAACACCUUAAAUGCAGCCAAUCCUAUGAAUUCUAACAAAGAUGAUGCCAGUGUUUCGGUAAGCCUGAGCGAAAAGAAGAACCACAUUGAUAACAUUCCAGAAGAAGAGUCCUUGUUUAUGAUGGACUCAGCCUUAGCUAACAACACGGUAUCAGCAGACUCGGAGGGCUGGGACAUGGAGUGUUACAAUGGAGAUGCCACAAAAAGUGAGAGUGGUGAGACCAAACUUCUACUUCAACCAGCCAGCCACAAACGGGAAAUUGAAGCUAGUAAUAGUGGCAACAGUGUGAAUUACCAGACAGUUGUCUGA